GUUCUGUCUGGGUUCAGAGGAAUUUGAAGCAGAGGUGAGGGACAGAGGGUGGGGCUAGGCAACAUUACUGAGAAAAACAAGUCAAUGCACUUUCAUUUUCUGCUGACAUAAAAGAAACAGAAAGGCGGGCUUCAGAAACCGGCUGCCUGGCUAACUUACAGCACUCAGACUCCGGCAGGAUCAUGGCUAUGAUGGAAGGUCAGGGGGGACCCAGCCCCGGGCAGACCUGCGUGCUGAUCCUGAUCUUCACAGUGCUCCUGCAGUCCCUCUGUGUGGCCGUAACUUACUUGUACUUCACCAAUGAGCUGAAGCAGUUUGCAGAAAAUGAUUGUCAGAGACUAAUGUCUGGGCAGCAGAGAUGGUCAGUGCUGCCAUCUUGUCUAUCCUGCUGAUUCUACCCUGCUGAGCUCAAGCCCCAACAAGGACUGGUUGACCCUGGCCUAGCCAACCACCAUGUUUGUAACAGCCCCAAGAGCAGUCACCAUGGAAAUCCACUUUUCAGAACCAAGAGCUCCUGGAGCUGAAGAACAGGCACCCACUGCAAGAGCUUUCUUUACAAGGGCACGCAAAUGAAAAUAACCCACCUACACAAUCUCCUGCCCCCAGUGCCCAGGCGUGGUUAGUUAGAUAGUAGACCUCAGCCUAUGAUAUGCUGCAGGAAAUUCAUACUUUGAAGUGGAAAGGCUGGGAGGAGGCAGGUGGAGGCAUAUCAUGCUCAUGAUCAUUCUUAGAAUAACCACAGCACCCCACGUCAGCCCGCCAUCUGUCUAGUCACCAGUAUGGCCAAGUUCUAUAGAAGAAACUACUAACGAACAAGAUGCAAGAAAUAUGUGAGGGUGAAGAAGGUGACUGGGGCUUCCUCUCUGGAUUUCUAGUGUUCAGAAAUCAAUACUUAUGCAUAAAAAGGUCUAGAAAGAGAAACACCAAAAUGGCAAUGUGAUCUCUAGAUGGUAUGAUUAUGGGUGCUUUUUAUUCCUUUUUAUUUUUCUAUAUUUUACAAAUUUUCAAAUAUCCAUGCCAUACAUGUAUAAUCUUCAUACAGAUUUAAAGAACACAGAAUUUUUAUAUAGUCUUAUGAGAAAACAACCAUACUCAAAAUUGUGCACAUGCGUGCAGUCUGAUCUUGCCCCUGUAAACAAGAGACAUCCUCCAAAGGUUAACUAGGAGGUGGGAGUAUAGCAGCUGUUAGUGGUUGUGAUUUUGUUUGUGUGAUUUACUAAUUAAUUUUGGAGUGGUUUUUUUUUCUAACUUUUGGAAAUGUGUUCUUUACUUUUCCAUGCUUCCCAGUUUGCCUGUGUAUCCUGACUGUAUCCAGGCUUUAUGAACUCCUGGGUAAUCAUGUAACUACAUUAGCUUGUCAAUCACCCAUCCACUCAUACCUGGGAUCUUACUCAAUUCUCCAGGUUCCCCCCACCUCCUCCAGAAAGUAUUUCUGGGAAAUACUCAGAUGGUAUUACAGGCUCUAUACAGCAAUUUGUACUCACCUGGGCUGGUCCCUGUGGCUCAAGCUCCCCCACCACCACCCAAGUCAAACUCCACCUCAGUUGAAAAGUUGUUGCCUGACACCAUUACAACCUAAUCAUAGGCAGCUGUCAACUCUGUACCUUGCCUCCUACGGCUGGAGCCUCCCAUCUUCAGCCAUUUCCUGCUAAGAUACCUUACAGCUGCUGUGAGGGGAAAAGGCAUAUUGCUUCCUCCUUUCUGGUAUAUGCACACUUUUUGCCCCAACAUGUUACAGAGAUUUGUGAGCUUGUCUGCUCAGUGUAAUCAAACCGAAGCUUAGCCAGAGCACACUCAUACUUUGGGUGGGUGAACUGGCACAGUGUCCAGGAAACGUCUGCUCUUCCUGGAACCACCCUCAGCCCUUGUGGCUGAUCUCAGUUCCUCGUCUCUUCUUUCAUGAUCCUUUUCCACAUCUGGCUCGACAUGCUCUCUUAUUUCUAAAUCAUAUGUGACUGGGUGCUUUCCUUGCAAAGGUUUUGCAUCUCCCAAGUAAAUUGGAGGUGCAACUACGAAUCUACAGUUGGGCAUGCAGGGGCAAGGUCCUUAAUGUGCCUAAUUCCAUGGCCAGUGAUCUCUCAACUCAGGUGGCCCCAGCUUCACCUCCCAGUACAUAUACUAUGGGAAUAUUUUUCUCUUGUAAUUUCAAAGAGGAAGAAGGAAAAUAAACAAUUGUUUGAAAGUAAAUGAAUGAUCUAUGUCAGGGUGUGUGGAGGAAAUUUAUUAACUCAAGUGUGUACCAUUUGAGGGACCUUGGUCAAAUGUCCAAGGGUUAUAGGGCUGAGACAGAACUCUGUGAUCCUGGCUAGGACCUCUCAUAAACAGUUCAGAUAUUUUGAUUUAAAAUGAGAUUGUCUCUUUAUAGGAAGGAGUUUGUCAUCAUUCAAUUUGACCCUUCCUUCAGGCUUUGCAGUCCUUUAGUUCAAAUAACAGAUUAAAAUUGUCAUUUAUUUCCCCAGGUAGAGUCAAUUCAGGAGAUUUUUUUUUCAGGGAAAUAACAUCUCUUCAAUCCCACUUGUUAAAAACAAAACAAAACAGAAGAGAAGAAAUGGGCAAAGCAAACAAACGAAAUCCUUCUGGCUUUGUUUGGACCUUCUGUUUCUUAUUCUUCUUGAUUAAACAAUUAUCAGCCGGAAGAGUUCUGGAUGGUUGGGGGGUGUGUGUGUGUGUGUCUGUGUGUGUGUGUGUGUGUGUGUGUGUGUGUGUGUGUGUCUGUGUGUUUAUAACAUCAAGCAAGGAUUUGCUGAUGAGGGUUAGGAGUUUGUUGACAAUGAUCUGCUAUUGCCAUUGUUUACUUUCAAUCAGAAACGGUGAGAAAACCUUCAAAGAGUGUUUAAAGUCUCUGCCAAUAAAUCCCUAGUUCGUGUGAACAUUUAAUGAGACAGCAUUCAGAUUUCUAGCAGCAACACGGUCCAGAGUCUGCCUGCCAGAGGAGUAGAAAUCAGAUCAAUUACUAGAAUCUACUUAGCCACAGCUCAGAUCCACAAACAGAAUAUGACCCCCUCCCAAAUGAUUUGGCUGGUUUUUAUUUAGAAUCUUGGAAUUUAAACUGACUCCAUUGCCGACCUUGUAUCUAGGUAGGUUUCCAGCUUCAGAAUGGGAUACAUGCCAUGGCAGAGCAGGAAGAGACCUCAGAAUCAUUGUAGUGAACCAGCUCAAAACAAAGGAACAGACACAGGAGAACAGAGGCAACUUACCAAGAAAGGCACAGCGGUCAGAUCUUGACGAACCCCUGGAUCCUUUCCACCAUAUCCAGCUGCUUACUUUUAUUCCUUUGUUUAAAGGGCACAGGACAGCAUGUUUACUCUUAUUUCAGGCAGGAACUUACUCAACGUGCCAAAACUUCUCCAAGCCUGCCGUCAGUUUCUGUUGUUUUAACUUCCAAAUGAACAAAAAUAAAAAGCACUUAUGCGUAAUA